AUGAAGCCCAUCCACCAAAGCCUGAAUCUGUAUAUAGAUGGCGACGAAGCCUACACGUUCAUUCCAACCGGGUCAGCGGGUGCCCAUUCGCUGACAAUUCAACGAGCCACGGGCGAGAUUUAUCUGGACCAACCCAAUACCACUAUACCCUCCUCUGCUCAAAGGUACCAUAAAACAAUAUACGGAAUCAUCGGCAUAAUAUCAUUAUCGCUAUCGGACUAUGUCGUUGUUGCAACUGGCCGUGAGCUGCGCGGCCACCUCAUGGGCCACGAAGUAUACCGCGCGACGGACUUCGAUGUUCUACCUCUGAAUCCCAACAUUUCCGUCAUCAACCCGCCUCAUCCCGUCGAAAGUCACUUGAUAGCCCUUGUGCGCUCGCAUUGGCACGGCGGACAUUUCCUCUUCAGCUACGAAUGGGAUAUCACGCGGAGGCUGCAAGCGCAAUGGUUUGCUCAAGAGGAAGAUGCAACAAAGGCAAUUUGGGAAACUGCCGACAACCGUUUCUUCUGGAAUCGGUACAUGCAAACACGACUUAUUGAUGCGUCAACGGCGAAACAAGAUCUGAGCCCUUUCAUCCUGCCUGUCAUGUAUGGCACAUUCGACAUUCGCUCCGUCUUCCUCAACGGGCGUCACUUCCAAAUUUGCCUUAUCUCAAGACGCUCGAGAUUCCGCGCAGGGACGCGCUACUUCCGCCGUGGAAUUGACCAGGACGGCCAUGUCGCCAACUUCAACGAGACUGAGCAGCUUCUUCUCGUUGAAGGUCCGCCCUCGGCAACGCGCACUCCUGACGAAUACGCGUAUAAAAUGAGCUUCGUGCAGAUUCGUGGAAGUAUUCCGAUGUACUGGGCCGAGGUCAACACCCUGAGGUAUAAACCAGACCUGCAGAUCAUGGACCUUCAUGAUACUCUUGAUGUUAUGCGGCUGCACCUCCAGGAGCAAGUCGCGUUAUAUGGGGAACAGGCGCUGGUUAACCUCAUCAACCAGAAAGGUCACGAAAAGCCCGUCAAGGAAGCCUACGAGCGCUACCUUUCAGAGUUGAAUCUCCCGAAGGUGAAGUAUGAGUACUUCGACUUCCACACGGAGUGCAAGCACAUGCGUUGGGAUCGCAUAAGUGUAUUGAUUGAAAGGUUGCAAGAGGACCUCGAUCGACAAGGGUAUUUCUAUUUGGCAGAUUCGAAACCUAUCAAAGUCCAAGAAGGCAUCGUCCGCACGAACUGCAUGGACAAUCUGGAUCGCACCAAUGUAGUCCAGGCCACUUUAGCCAAGCGGGUCCUGGCCCAGCAGCUUCGCACUUUAGGGAUAAUCCAGGAGUCCGAGGGCGUCGAUGACUACGAGACACUGAGCAAAGAAUUUAGAGAAAUGUGGGCCGAUCACGCAGACUUGAUUUCCAAAGCGUAUGGCGGAUCGGGAGCUUUGAAGUCUGAUUUCACCCGAACCAACAAACGUACAAAGAAGGGUUUGCUGGAAGACGGUGUCAAGUCGGUUCUCCGAUACCUGAAGAACAACAUGUUCGAUGGGCCGCGACAAGACGGCUUUGACCUAGUCACGGGUGCAUGGAUACCACGGAAGAACCCCUCCCUCGCAUUGCACCUCAUCACGGAUUCCAGGCCGCUGGUAACGCGAUCGAUGCCCGUGGUAGCCUACUUUGCGUUGUUCAUGAUCUGUGCUGGCCUGACACUGCCUAGAACCUCAGACUACAAUCUAGCCUACUACUUCAUCAUCUGGAUCUCCGUUCUAUCUGCCGCGCUCAUCUUCAUUGUCCUUUACGGCAUCGACUACGUUUCGUGGCCCCGCCUGCUUCCGCCCACCGAUGUCAUCUGGUACAAUGGCCCAGGCUAUCGAUCUGCCGACAACGGCAAGGGCAUCAAAGGGUGGCCCAUCCGCGUCAAGAAUGGCGACAAGAUUCCUACGAGGGGAAGGGGCGGCUUGAAUGGAGGCGAAGAGAUUGAGAUGGGAACGAUGAGGAAGCGCGUAGACUGA